UAAUCAUGAAGCAUUUGUAGUAAAUUUCGUCGUUUUGUCGAAUGAAAUAGUAGUGAUUUAAAAAGGCAAAAAUGUGAAAAUUUUCUCCAUGAGGAACAAUUGAUUUUUUUGGGGUGCAAGAAAAAUUUUCCUUCUCCCUUGCUCAUUCGAAGUGGAAUUAAGCGAAAGGGAGACAAGUGUAUGUGAUGAUAAUAAAAAUGCGCGCGCAAAUGUGUGUGUAAGCGAGAAAAUUCGGAGUUAUUUGUUAGUUGGCUUGGUCACGGGCAUAUCUAGCACGCUUUUCUUGUUGAUAAAGUAGCGUGGCUGUCAUCAAACGAACAACAACAACAACAAUCCUUCAAAAGAAAAAAACAUAAAUGAAUUCGCCCUAAAAAAAUUAAUAAAAAAGAAAGGCAAACAACACAACACCAAGAAAAAAAUUAAGAAAUUAUACACCGUCAUUACUACAUUGCUGAGGCAACAAUAGCAGCAACAAAAAUAAUUGAAAACAAAAGAAUUUUGGUGUAAAGCAAACAAAAAUAAAAAGAAACAGUGAGGCAAAGACCAUCAAUUUCCUGGAAGCAGCAGUAAGCAAGUAAACGACGUACGACGAUCAAACUGUGACCAGAAAACAACAAAAACAUACAACCAUACACAUCCAUCCAAGGGACAACAGCAGUAAUAACAACAACAAACAUUGUCGGUAUCAUGUUUUGCAUAAAAAAUGCAGUUUAAUAUUUGUACGGUCGAUGUCGCUGUCGCCUUGGCUGCUGUUGCUGCAUCGACUUUGCUGCUGCUACUAAAUGUUGCUGGUGUUUUUGUAAAUGGAAUAUGAAAUGUAUACAAAUGUUAACGUUUAUUAUUGUUGUAAUUAUGCAAAUUUAUUUAAGUUUUUCGAUUUCAAUUUGAAAAAUGUCGUCGACUCAUAGCCCACACGAUUUGUUAUUGUUGCUUCCAUUGCAAAAAAGUCUAAGUUGUCAAAUCAAUCAAACAAACAGCAACAAACUGCAGCCGCAGCACGCAGAAACAACGCAGCAUUAUCGUCACUUGUCAAAAUCGUGCAGCGUCAAUAGCAAUCUUCCCAAAAAUAACAACAAGCUACAACAACAACUAAUACAAGAACAUCAUUAUCAACAACAACAACAGCAAAUAUUACUGUUGUCGUUCUUUGUGGUACCAUUGCUGAUCACCUCUGCCAUAGCAGCAACGAUAGUGGUGGCGCAAGCAGAAGAAACCCAAAACCUCACAAAUACAGCAAGUCAGAAGAAGAAAAAAUCCAAUAAAUCAACCGCAACAUCAUCGCCACCCCUGCUAUCCGCAAGUAAUACAGCUGUUGUCGAAGGGGAAACAGCACAAGAAGACCCGGUAUUUGGAGUGCUGCACAAAAUAACGACAGCAAAAACUACAAUAACAAAGAAAGAGGCAAAGACGACGAAACCACAAGAACAAAACGUCCACAUACAUCCCAGCAUACCAAGCAGCAACAGCAUCUCCUUGUUAACACAAACAGCAGAAGGAGAUCUCAAAAGACCGUACCUAUUUUUCGAGAAAAAGGGAGCAGCAGCGGCAGCAUAUCCCUUCCCCUCGCAAAGAGUUGGUCAAAAACUACGUUCAUAUAUUUUUGUAUAUAUAUUAUACCUCUACAUAAGGGUUUCACUUUAUAGAAGUGGAACACCCAAAUCAUCGCCACUGCUGGAUCGAUCAUAUUAUUACUUUUCUUCAUUACCACUCUACAUAAUUAUUUCACUUUAUAGAAGUGUAACACCAAAAUCCUCGUCACUGCUGGAUCGAUCUUAUUUCUCUUCUUCUUCACCAUCGUCGUCAAUAUUGCAUACAGCAGCAAGUCCUUGUAAUAAUUUUGAGCUUAAGCCCUCAAUAAGCAGCAGUGCUGCUUCUAUAACGCCAAGCUCCACGGAGAAAGCUUUAAAAUAUAUUAUUAGCUUAGCUUAUCCGCAUCAUCCUAUAGCAGCACCGGCAUCAGCGGGGACGAAAACGACAAAAACCUUAUUUUGUAAUUCUUUGCAUUGCGCCAAAGCACUUCAUUUUUGUGGUUAUUGCCCUUACAAUAAUCACCACCACUACCAGCACCUUCAUUAUUACCAAGGCUCCUUACGUUUAAUACACCGGGAAUAAAGAGUAAAUUGUUUUAGUUCCCUCCCUAAACUGCUACUACAACUACACUACUCAUCAUCUCAUUAGUUACCUACCCCUGUCUCGUGGCGUAAUAUAUAUAUAUACAUAUAUAGAAUAUACUACCUACAGCAGCGCUAUAGAAAACGAAAUAGUUUCUUCUGAUCUGAUUUUUAUAAAAUUCACAACUUUAUCAAGAGCCAAAUUUAUUUUGUUGCCAGCAAAAGAAGGGGG